AAACUACAAAACUCCACAUGUGUUCAUUCAUAGUAUUGAUGCUUUCAGUAAGAAUCUACAAUGUAAAUAGAAAAUAAAGAAAACUCAUUGAAUGAGAAGGUGUGUCCAAACUUUUGGCCUGUACUGUAUAUUUUAAAAAAAUAUUGUUAUUGCGCAAAAGCGAACGUGAUAUCAGAGAGCAGAAGGAGGAUUAGCGAGGCACAGCUAAUGGCUCAACUGCUCCCCGUUAUUCCUUAAAAAACGAGAAUUAGCUUAUAACGCUUAAUCCACCUUCUUUCCAGAAAUCGGCACAUUUUUGGUUAGAGGACACAAUGAGGCACCAGCAGUGCCCUAUUUGCCACGUCACAUACUCGAAUCUUCCUAAGCACCUGACGGGAUUCCACAACGUGGCGAAUCCCAAAGAGAAGGCCCUGCUCCUGAGCCUCUCCAGCGGACGCGUGAAGGGAUUGUUCCGAUGUGAGGAGCCUCAAUGCGGGAAAACGGUUAAAAGGCUCGACAGGCAUUACGCAGAAUGCCACAUUGAUAAAACGUCCGAUGAAGCUAAGAGCAUUGUCACAAGGUGCAAAAAUCAAUACAUCUUGGAACAGCUAGGAAAACUGAGGGAAACCCAUCCCCAAGUGCUGAUGGUCAGCGUGCUGGAUUUGGGCGGCAGGCAGACCACCCAGGAUGACCGAUGGACCCGACCACCCCCCGACGCACCAGAGACAUCGGCGGACCCAGCCUGCAGCCAGGGACAUCAACGGACCUCCCGUUUGCAAGCGGGAUGCCUGGGACUUCUGGGGAAUUCCCGCCAGAAAGCGGAAGUCCUGGGGACGUCCAUAGACAUCCCAACCGACACUGAAACACCUGAAAUGUCCACAGAUGUCAAACCAGAGCCAGCGCCGGCGGAGACCACCCAGGACCUCACACCCAACUGCUCAAACACAGACUGCCAGCGGCUCCUGAGAGAAAAUCAGGAGCUCAAGGCACGUCUGGGUUUGGGUAAGGGAGAAUGCCCCAGGCAGGACUGCCAGCAUAAAAGCCAGGAGCUUUCCAGGCUGGUGCAGCUCUACAUGGCAAGCCCCCAAAAGAAGCUCCGAAAUAAAUUUUCCAGAAAGGAUGAUUUUGAAACAGAGCAUGCCCCAAAAUAUGAACAAGUCCUACAAGACUUUUUUGUCUUCUGUGUCGGGGCCAAUCCUUCAAGCAAAGUGAAAGACAACGGCAAUACCUGCCGGAGCCACGUCCGCAGGUUUCUUUUGUUUGCAGGAGAGGGCAAGCUCCUGAAGGGGGACUUUUCCUUUUUAGCCGACUCAACGAAGAUUUCAGAGUAA